UCUUGUUGUGUUGAAUUUGAAUAUAACGGCACAUAUCGAAAGACUCUUAUAAGACAGUGUUGCUCAACAUUUACCAACACCAAUCCAGCUAAGAACUACAAAAAAAUCGAUUUUAUCGAUAGGUAAUCAUAUGGUUUGACAUCUCUAAUAGUUAACAAUUUUAUUUACUUCGCAUUUAACUCAAUUUUAACGCAAAAUGUCCGAGCGCAAAGUGCUAAACAAAUACUAUCCCCCGGACUUCGAUCCAUCGAAGAUUCCGCGCAUGAAACUGGCCAAAAACAGGCAGUACACCGUGCGACUUAUGGCUCCGUUCAACAUGCGCUGCAAGACCUGCGGCGAGUACAUCUACAAGGGCAAGAAGUUUAAUGCCCGCAAGGAGGACGUGGAAAACGAGACGUACCUCGGAAUCCGCAUCUACAGGUUCUACAUCAAGUGCACACGCUGUCUGCAGGAGAUCUCGUUCAAAACGGACCCCCAGAACACGGACUACGAGAUCGAGGCGGGCGCCACCAGGAAUUUCAUGGCCCUAAAGCUGGCCGAAGAGCAGGCACGGCGGGAGGAGCAAGAGCUGCGCGACGAGGAGGCCAACAACCCGAUGAAGCUCCUAGAGAACCGCACCCAGCAGUCGCGCAACGAGAUCGAGAUGCUGGAGAGCCUAGAAGAGCUCCGCGACCUGAACCGUCGCCAGCAGACGGUGGACUAUACAACCAUGCUGCAACAGUACAACACGGGCGAGACGGAGAGGGAGCGCCAGGAGCGGGAGGAACGCGAAGACGAAGAGUUCAUCAAAUCGGUCAACUUUAAGAACAAAUCGGAGGGCGGCUCACGUGUUGUGGCCGAGGAAAUCAUUGAAGAUGUCAAGGAGGAGGUGGACCGAUUGCCUGCCCCACCGCCCGUUAAGCAGGCCAAGUCCAGUACACUCAGUUUUUCCGUUGCCACAUCAUCCAGCAAAGCAUCUGCCACGCAGCAGCCACUGGUAAAAAGAAAGACGCCCUUGGUUCUGGUCAAACCAAAGGCAGCAGUAGUGACUCCCAGGCAAACCAACCCACCACUAACCACGACAGCAACAGCUGGUCAAGCUGAAAAUAAAGCCACAAAUCCCCCACCAGCAGCGCCAGCUGGUCUGUCCCUUCUGGCUGCCUACAGUGACAGCUCCGAGGAUUCCAACUGACCAAGCAUUUACCAAGCGGAUUUUGCAAUUAAUAAAAUCGGACCCAAAG